CAGAAAUCUAAACUACUUUAAACGCGUAAGGUUGGGAAACGCUGUUGCUAUUCAACGGCCGUUGCACCGAAUUUCGCGGGCAAAACAACUCAAGCGCAACAACUCAAGCAUUUUAUUUAGCAAAACGCCAACCUUUGGAUUCGACAGUUGUGCAAUUGAACGCAAAAAGCAAACACGAAAGGAAAAGUCGGAAUAGGCACAUGCGUACCCAAACACAAACAUACAUACAUACAUACGGAGUUAUUUAUAAACAUACAUAUGUACAUAUGUAUGAAUUGAAAGUACAUAUUUAUGAAUUGAAAGUAAAAAUGAAAAAUUAAAAAACAGAAUAAUAAUUUGCACUUCGCGUAAUUCAACACAGUUUGAAUUUGACUUGGAAGCAAUGCAACACGGCGAAAGAAAACGAAAAUAAUGUUGGAGGAUUAAAAAAUACUCAAGAAUAAGAAUUUUACCUACAAGCAGAUUUUAAAAUUCAGCAAAUUGAACAAAUAAUUAAGCGCUGUUAAAAAUAUUUGUUUAUAAAUUUUUUUACUCUUUAACCAAAACAUUUGAUUAACAAUGAAAUUCGAUGCGGCAGCGGAAGCAGAAAUCGAUGAAUUAAACGAGUGGUUUCAACAAAAUCCAAAACUACCAAAAGAAAUUGACCGCAUUUUAUUGAAGCGCUUCUACCGAUGUAUGUACGGUGACAUAAAAGGCGCCAAGAAGCUCAUAAAAAUUAAUUACAGUAUGCGCAAUAAGCAUUCGCACAUCUUUCUCGAACGUGACCCAACCGAUGCGGAUAGUAAACAAACAUUCGAUUAUGCGGAUCUGAUACCACUGCCGGGUCUUACACCAGAAGGUUACAAAGUGAGCUGUUAUCGUUUAGUAGAUUUUGAUCCAGCGAAGGUGAAUCAUACCUCCGAUACCAAAGCAUUUUUCAUGGUCUCCGAUUGUCGUUUUAACACAUAUGAUGGCUUAGCUUCCGACGAGGAGAAUGUAGAAACAUUUGCUAAUGGUGAUGUGCAAAUUUUCGAUAUGAAUGGCUACACACUGAAGCACCUCAGUAGGAUGACUUUCAGUACACUGCGCAUAUACAUGGCUUUCCUGCAGGAGGCAUUGCCCGUUCAUUUAAAGGCAAUCCAUAUCAUUAACUGCCCCCCAUAUCUGGAUAAGGUGGUUAGCAUUAUGAAGCCUUUUAUAAGUAGUGAAGUCUUCAAACUGAUACGAUUUCAUACCGUCAGCUUGGACAGCCUUUACGAACAUGUACCACGUAGCAUACUGCCGGAAGAAUAUGGCGGAACAGGGGGAAAAAUCGCAGACCUUAAGGCAAUACUUUUGUCUGAACUGGCGCACAAGAGAGAUUAUCUGAUGGAUCCAAGUCAUUGGAAAAUUGAAGCAGACAAGGAAAAUGCUGAGCGUCGCCGUUGGCUGUUUAAAUAAUACCUACAUAUGUAUUUGUUUUUUUUAUUAUUUAAAAGUUAAAUUUCAGAACCAAUCCAGUAACCAUGAUUAUUCUCUAUUUUAGCACAGUAUAAUUAAGAAAACGUUUAUUUAUGCGUGAAAACUUUUCUGUGAAACUAUGUAAUACAUGUUACAAAAAUAUUUUAUUUGGGUUUGUUCGCUUGUGGGUUUCUGCCAGUUGUUUUUCUUUCUGUACAUGAUCCGCGAUUUUUCCUGAAAUCCUAUUGAGUCUCGUAUGGCCAAAGAGGUCUUUCCAAAUGUUGUGCUCAACCUCAGUCUGCAUAGCCUUAUUCUUUUACACGGAUCCCCAAUUUAGACAUAGCAUCGUAGACGCAGGUUCUCUUCGUGCUUUCAAAAGCAGCUUUAAAAUCGAGGAAAAGGUGGUGAGUGUGAAUUUUUUUGGCGACAGUCCUUUCUAGGAUAUGGCAUACUGUGGAGAUCCGUUCAACAACCUAUACAUUGAUCUGGGGUGUUCUUCAAAAAACGAGCGUGUUUUCACCAUUUCUCUAGUUUACUCUGGACGUCUGAUACAAAAUACCGAUCUUCGUUUAGCAGGAACUAGCCCCGGUCUUGAAACCAUUUGAUUACUGUCUUAUUUUCUGAUAGAAUUUUCGAGCCACAUUCCUGCCUUCCACCCACCGAAGACGCUCCCAAAGUCGAAAGGUCCUUCCACGAGGUCAUAAAAAUAGAAUCACUUAAGCGGAAGCGACAUAUCCUGCAUGCGCGUGUCACAAGCCGCAGCCAGUAUGCUAUAGAGGAAAACCAUCGAAAGAAUAAGUAUGCAAUAAUGAUUAAGGACAGCUGCCAUGGCUUCCUACGACGAUGACUGCUCUAUUUUGAUAACUAUCUCAACGAAGUAGAAAUACAUCGCCAGAAAUCUGCAAAAGAAUAGCAGUCGAGCCUAACAACUGCAACAUCUAGUUACUUUUCUUCAUUCUGCCAGAUUUGGCUGAUUAAACAUUGCAUGUGUUACUUUUUGAUGUUGUGUACGUUUAGGCCCCAUUGCGUGGCGAAUGUCAGAAUUUGCAAAAGUGACUUCGUUGCGAGUGCACGUGUUUCCACUGUGUCGUGGGGUGCGUUCACUUAAAAUUACAUCUUAAAAAGCUUUUAUUAAUAUUUUGCCCACUUUGUAACGACAAGGUUGAUCGCGCAGAAGUUGCUAAAGUCGCGUGUGUGGAUUGUGGCGCCUACUUCCAUGCUUCAUGCGCCAAAAUUACCGCGUUUGAAUACAUGAAAUCAAACAACGUGAAGCAUCGCUGUGACGGUUGUAACUUUUUGCGUCGUAAGUCUGCAUCAGCAGCAGUUGCCAUGUACCACGGCUGUAGUAUCAUCAGAUUCGGGCUUAUCCGUUCCUUCUGGGUCGAGGAUUCUCCCACAUCCCGCCAGCAAAUCUUCGACGGCUGUGCUCCCUAAGCAAAACCCAACUGCUAACAACAACCAAAAACAACAAGCUCAGAAGUCAACCAACAAUGCCAAGUCAACCAUCAAUGCCAGCACUAAUAUCAAGAGAAAUUAUAAGGCAUGUCAAAUCGGUACGAUUUGCAAAGU